CCCGCCCGGGGCCCGCCCGGCCGCCCUGGGCUAUAAGUUCGCGCCGCGCGGCUGGCCCGCAGCACCGCACUGGUGAUCCUCGCUUGAGUGUCCCGCCGCGUCUGAGCUGUCGCCGCUAGCCUGGCCAUGGCCGAGGAGCUGAUCCUGGAGAGGUGUGAUUUGGAGAUUCAGGCCAAUGGACGUGACCACCACACGGCCGACCUGUGCCAAGAGAAGCUGGUGCUACGGCGUGGCCAGCGCUUCCGGCUGACGCUGUACUUCGAGGGCCGUGGCUACGAGGCGAGCGUGGACAGCCUUAUGUUUGGUGCUGUGACCGGCCCAGAUCCCAGUGAGGAGGCAGGGACAAAGGCUCGCUUCUCGCUGUCUGACGAUGUGGAGGAGGGAUCCUGGUCAGCCUCAGUGCUGGACCAACAGGACAAUGUCCUCGCGCUGCAGCUCUGCACCCCAGCCAAUGCUCCUGUUGGUCUGUACCGCCUCAGCCUGGAGACUUCUACUGGCUACCAAGGCUCCAGCUUUGUGCUCGGCCACUUCGUCCUGCUCUUCAAUGCCUGGUGCCCAGCGGAUGAUGUGUACCUAGAUUCAGAGGCAGAACGACGGGAAUAUGUCCUUACGCAGCAGGGCUUCAUCUACCAGGGCUCUGUCAAGUUCAUCAAGAGUGUGCCUUGGAACUUUGGGCAGUUUGAGGAUGGAAUCCUGGAUGCCUGCCUGAUGCUCUUGGAUGUAAACCCCAAGUUCCUGAAGAACCGGGGCCGGGACUGCUCACGCCGCAACAGUCCCAUCUAUGUGGGCCGCGUGGUGAGCGGUAUGGUCAACUGCAAUGAUGACCAGGGUGUGCUUCUGGGCCGCUGGGACAACAAUUAUGGGGAUGGUAUCAGUCCCAUGGCCUGGAUUGGCAGCGUGGACAUUCUGAGGCGCUGGAAGGAACAUGGCUGUCAGCAAGUGAAGUACGGACAGUGCUGGGUGUUUGCGGCGGUAGCCUGCACAGUGCUGCGGUGCCUUGGCAUCCCUACCAGAGUGGUGACCAACUACAACUCCGCCCACGACCAGAACAGCAACCUUCUCAUCGAGUACUUCCGCAAUGAAUAUGGAGAGCUAGAGAGCAACAAGAGCGAGAUGAUCUGGAACUUCCACUGCUGGGUGGAGUCCUGGAUGACCAGGCCAGACCUACAGCCGGGCUAUGAGGGGUGGCAGGCCAUUGACCCCACACCACAGGAGAAGAGCGAAGGGACAUACUGCUGUGGCCCUGUCUCAGUGCGGGCCAUCAAGGAAGGGGACCUGAGCACCAAGUAUGAUGCACCCUUCGUGUUCGCCGAGGUCAACGCUGAUGUAGUAGACUGGAUCCGGCAGGAAGAUGGGUCUGUGCUCAAAUCCAUCAACCGUUCCUUGGUCGUGGGGCAGAAGAUCAGCACUAAGAGUGUGGGCCGUGAUGAUCGGGAGGACAUCACCCAUACCUACAAGUACCCAGAGGGGUCACCCGAGGAGAGGGAAGCCUUCACCAAGGCCAACCACCUGAACAAACUGGCAGAGAAAGAGGAGACAGGGGUGGCCAUGCGGAUCCGAGUCGGGGACAGUAUGAGCAUGGGCAACGACUUUGACGUGUUUGCCCACAUUGGCAACGACACCUCGGAGACCCGUGAGUGCCGCCUCCUGCUCUGCGCCCGCACUGUCAGCUACAACGGGGUGCUGGGGCCCGAGUGCGGCACCGAGGACAUCAACCUGACCCUGGAUCCCUACUCUGAGAACAGCAUCCCCCUUCGAAUCCUCUACGAGAAGUACGGUGGGUGCCUGACAGAGUCAAACCUCAUCAAGGUGCGGGGCCUCCUCAUCGAGCCAGCUGCCAACAGUUAUGUGCUGGCUGAGAGAGAUCUCUACCUGGAGAAUCCUGAAAUCAAGAUCCGGAUCCUGGGGGAACCCAAGCAGAACCGCAAACUGGUGGCUGAGGUGUCUCUGAAGAACCCACUUUCUGAUCCCCUGUAUGACUGCAUCUUCACUGUGGAGGGGGCUGGCCUGACCAAAGAGCAGAAGUCUGUGGAUGUCUCAGACCCUGUGCCAGCGGGUGAUUUGGUCAAGGUGCGGGUCGACCUGUUCCCGACCGAUAUUGGCCUCCACAAGCUGGUGGUGAACUUCCAGUGUGACAAGCUGAAGUCAGUGAAGGGUUACCGGAACGUCAUCAUCGGCCCGGCCUAAGGGACCCCUUCACCCAGACUCAACCCACCACCUGCCAACCCUCAACUCAACCUGGUCUUUAUCCUGAGAUAAUGAGCAACUUCACCCCGUUCAGGCUGACAUGGCUGCCUGGGGGCUCUUCAGAAGAUAAUGUACUUCUGGCCCAUCCUGUUCCUCUGGAUCUAUUUCCCCAUCUGUCCCCUUAGCUGUGAGGAAUGUUCUGUGCCGACACAGUGGGUACCCUGGCGAGGGUAAGAGGAGAGCCAUCACCAGCACUCUGUAUCUCUGUAUUGUUUGAACUGUCUCUAGAACCUCGGCGUAAGCACGAAGGGACGGCGAGCCCACUGGCUCGACGGAGGAACCAGCUGUCCCGGCCAACAAUUUCCCACCCACCUCCCCCCUGAACGGGAACUAUGUGUGCUAGGCACCUUAAGUUCUCACAGGGACACAUCAGCCUGUUGAAUGUCCAUGAGAAACUUCAGAGUAGAAACUGAGGCGGCCCGUGCUGUACUGGGCCUGUAGGCAGGCUAUCACUUACAGGGCCAGUGGCUGAGCUUAGAAAUGGCCUGUGUCACUGGGCCUGGAACCUCGCGCUCCAUCUGUGACACCAGCUCUUGACCUGAGGGUGUCAGAGAGGCCAUCUAGGGAUGAGUCUGGAAGGACACGGUUAGGGUGAGGAGGUGAGAGAGGGCAGGGAGGCUGGAGAGCUGGGAGCCAGAGCCUGGGUGUAAGCCCCAAGGAGGCCUACACUCUAUCCUCCUCUUCUGGCCUUGAUCCUCCUUCACCAGAGCAGUGAUUGGCAAGCUCACACCCAGGGUCUCCUGGCCCUGUACUUCUAAAGCCUGCCACCCAGGCCCAGGGUACUUCUGGGAAGAGGACAUCAGCGCUAGACCUGUACCCAGGGGUGUCCUGCUUCUCACCUGUGCCUGGGUUCCUCAGAUGUAGUUCCAAGACUACCACAAGCUACUCACACAGUGCCUAGACUAGAUUUCACAGCAGAAGCCUUAAAUGUCCACGCUGGUCGCUACCCAGCAGGGCCACACCUCCACCAGCCCCUCCUCCUCAGCCAGCAUCCCUAGACACAGCACUUGUCUCUAGAAAAAGCAUGGGAACCUAUGGGUCAUCAUCCCUAGUUAGCCCACUCCUACCUCUCUGUGGCUGGGCCCUCAAGCUGCAAGACUGCAGUGGUGGAGGGGUCUCUGAAUGAUGAGGUCAGAGACUCUGGGAUCCCCCGAAAUCCCAGAGAAGAGCUUGGGAAGAAUCAGUCUCAUGCGUUUAACACGUUCCGCUUUACACAGAGGAUCACACUGUGAGCCAUGUUAUCUGCCCUGUCCCCACACGGUUCAGUUUCUUUUGGUCUGUGCAAGCUUCUGGUUCCAAGCAGGCAGUAGGCAUGCUUUCGAAGCACAUGUGAACACUGAAAUAAAGGUCUAUUUUUCACAUUCAAA